UUCAAGUCUCCGGCAUUUGUUGUAGACGCAUUAGUGGUAGGAUUACUAUAUAACUACUGACUAAAAAAAAUAUCAAUAGAGUACAAUCAUCCAGCAAGAUGAAGACGUCGUUAAUAGUGUUGUUACUGGCGGUAUCACAAUCGUACUCUCAGGGGCCCUACAACUACCAAAGACCAUCCAACUCAUUGGACCACAGUGCAUCGAAUUCGCAUCCUUUCUCGGGAUUUAAUAAUGGUCUAGACUCAAGCUCUUCCCACAAUUCAGGAUCAGUAGUAGGGGCAGGUUUUCUUGGAAAUUCUGGCUUAAAUCAAGGAUACAACUAUCCUCGUCCAGGUGGUUCUGACUUAGGUGGUUCAUCAUCGUCGAAUUCACUUAAUUUCAAUUCAGGAGGUAACGGUGGUUACAACUACCAAAAUCCAAAUUCUGGAUUUAAUCUACCAUCUGCUUCAAGAAAUGUAAACUUCAAUUCAGGAUUUAAUGAUGGAUCCACUUCUAGUUCACACAAUUCUGGUUCAUUUUUAUCUUCUUCGUCAAAUGGCGUUAACUCAGGAUUGAACGGUGGAUACAACUACCCUAGUCCAAAUAGCGGAUCCCAGAUUUCUGGGAACGGGAACUUCGGACUAGGCAACAAUGGAGGAAAUUUACUUUCAUCAGGUUCUCAAAACUCUGGAUCUUUCUUAAAUAAUAUUCCAAGUAGCAGCUACGGCACCCCUGGCCUUUCUGGAUCUCUCUUCCCUUCGGCCUCAUCUAACUUAAACAAUUUUGGUAACAAUGGACUUAACAAUUUGGGUAACAAUGGACUUAACAGUGGCUCCCUUAACACCGGAUCACUCUUCAAUAACGUACCCAGCUCUAAUUAUGGCAGUCCUAGCAAUAACAACGGUCAAUUUUCUGAUUCAAACUCUUCACCAUCAUUUGGACCCGUACCACAACAGAAACAUGUAUAUGUAUACGUUGCUCCUCCAGAUCCAGAAGCAGAAUCCAAACAACUUUAUAUUCCUGCUGCACCAGUAAACCACAAAAUCAUCUUCAUCAAGGCUCCGUCUCAGUCAGCAUCUAGGACACAUGUUGUGCCAUCGGGUGCCGGUCAAGAGAAAACAUUGGUUUACGUAUUGGUGAAGAAACCAGAAGAUCCUGAGAUCCAUUUGAAUGCGCCUGCUCCUACUCUAGCGUCCAAACCAGAGGUUUACUUCAUCAAGUACAAGACCAACAAGGAUGGAACUGGAGCGCCCAGCAACGGGUUCCCUUCAGUAGAUAGUAACAGAAAUGGAGGAAACAAUCAAGGUUUUGAUCCUAGCAGCAGUGGUUCCAAUAAUGUAAAUGGCGUAUCGCCAGUGUAUGGUCCAGCGCAUUAGUGUAGAAUAUUGUAUUUAUAUUUUUUUACUGCUCUUUUUUGUAUAUAGCUUGUGCAUAAUAAAAAAUCGGUGACAAAUCA